AUGGCUUCUUGCUUCCACCCUUCUCCUAUGGCUAAAAAUCGCGAAGAAGACUCCAUCGUUCUUUUCUCGGCAUCCGAUUCUCCUGAUGACUUCUCCUCAGCUUCCUCUUCCUUUUCUUCUUCACCACUCUCAACCCCAAACCGUUUCUGUUUAAGAGUCUCUAAUCUCUCUUACACCAUCAAUCUCUCUUCUUCUUCUCUGUUUCAGACACCAAACCAUGUCAAGAUCCUCGAUUCCGUGUCCUUUUCCGCAGAAUCCUCGAAAAUCUUGGCCGUGGUUGGUCCGAGCGGAACAGGGAAAUCAACUCUUUUAAAGAUCAUUUCAGGAAGAGUGAGCCACAAGGAACUCGACCCCUCUUGCGCGAUUUCGAUCAACGAUGGUCUAAUCCGCGACAACAACCAUCUACGCAAGCUAUGCGGGUUUGUCCCGCAAGACGACGAUCUUCUACCUCUGCUUACCGUAAAAGAGACGUUAAUGUACAGUGCUAAAUUCAGUUUGAGAGAUUCAACAACGAAAGAAAGAGAAGAGAGAGUAGAGAGCUUGUUAAGGGAUCUAGGUCUUGUUCUUGUUCAAGACAGCUUCGUUGGCGAAGGAGACGAAGAAGAUCGUGGAGUUUCUGGAGGAGAAAGGAAGAGAGUUUCCAUAGCCGUUGAGAUGAUCCGUGAUCCACCGAUUCUGCUUCUUGAUGAACCAACCUCUGGUUUAGAUAGUCGAAGCUCGCUUCAAGUGAUCGAGCUUUUAGCUUCAAUGGCGAAAUCAAAACAGAGAACCGUCGUGUUAUCGAUUCAUCAACCUAGCUAUCGAAUCCUCGAUUACAUCUCCGAUUACUUGAUUCUCUCUCGCGGAUCGGUGAUUCACUUCGGGAAUCUUGAAUAUCUCGAGGAAUCAAUCGCCAAGCUAGGGUUUCAGAUUCCAGAGCAGCUUAAUCCGAUCGAAUUCGCCAUGGAAAUAGUCGAGUCUUUGCGAGAUUCGAACACGAAGAACUCCUUCGAACCAAUCUGGCCUUUGUCUGAAAGCAAGAACGAUGAGAUUACUAGUAAGCAAGAGUUUUGUCUCUUGGACAUGAUCACCGAGACCACAUUUCUCUGUUCAAGAUUCUUCAAGAUCAUCUACAGAACAAAACAAUUGUUCUUGGCUCGAACCAUGCAAGCAGUAGUGGCUGGAUUGGGACUAGGAAGCGUCUACACAAGACUUGGGAGAGAUGACGAAGGCGUAGCGGAGCGGCUUGGUCUGUUUGCUUUCAGCUUAAGCUUCUUACUCUCUUCUACGGUCGAAGCACUUCCCAUAUACCUCAAAGAACGACGCGUCUUGAUGAAAGAAUCGUCUCGCGGAUCGUAUCGGAUAUCGUCUUACAUGAUAGCUAACACAAUCACUUUCUUACCGUUCCUAUUCGUCGUAUCGCUCCUCUUCUCCAUCCCGGUAUAUUGGAUCGUAGGGUUGAAUCCGUCGGUCCAAGCGUUCUGUUUCUUCAUCUUGUGUGUUUGGCUCAUCAUACUCAUGGCUAGUUCUCUGGUUCUCUUCCUCAGUGCGGUUUCUCCUGAUUUCAUUUCCGGAAACUCUCUCAUUUGCACCGUUCUUGGAGCCUUUUUCCUCUUCUCUGGCUACUUCAUUCCGAAAGAGAAGAUACCGAAACCGUGGAUGUUCAUGUACUAUGUGUCCCUCUACCGUUACCCGCUUGAGUCGAUGCUGGUGAACGAGUACUGGAGCAUGCGAGAGAAGUGCUUCUCGGGUGGGAUCUCAGGGUGCUUGAUGACCGGAGAAGAUGUGUUGAAGAAGAGAGGGCUAGACAAGGACACGAGGUGGAUCAAUGUCGGGAUAAUGCUCGCCUUUUUCGUGUUUUAUCGAGUCCUCUGCUGGGGGAUUCUCCUCCGAAAGACUUCCAAGUCGACUCUUUAA